GCCCCCCGUACUCCUACGCCUCAAUGUGCUGCCAAAGGACCUAUACAACCUUGAUGAGUUGCCGUUGUACCCGGCACUUCAGCCCCGUCUCACCUACUCCGAGACGACUCUGCCGGGUGGCAAGGCUGCCAGAGACCGAGUGACGGUGGCACUCCUCUGCAACGCGGACGGUUCACACAACUUCCCGGCCUUCGUCAUUUCGAAAGUCAGGAGGCCACGCGACUUUGGGAGGGACUUCGACCCUGAGCUCUACGUGCGCUGGCGUUCGAACCGAAAGGGGUGGAUGAAUUCCGAGCUCUUCACGGAAUGGAUGGAGGAAGUGAAUGCCGGAUUCUUCAUCGAAGGGAGGCAGGUUGUAAUAUUGCUUGAUAACGCGUCUAGCCAUGCCUUGAAUCCGCAGCGGGCUAUUGAGGAGGAACUUCUAGGCUUCAAAACCUUGAAGAUGUCGAACGUGCGACUGAUCUUUCUCCCGCCGAACACCACCUGCUUCACGCAGCCGUUGGAUCAAGGCAUCAUCGCCACAGUUAAGACCCGCUACCGCAAGAAGUGGGUGGAAGAAUUGAUUGCCUUGUGGGAGACCGGAAGCUUGGGUGCACGGCUGUCAAGUGCGAAACCGAAAUGGCGCGAUACGGUGGUUUGGCUGGCGGAGGCAUGGAGCUCUGUUAGCGCCGUCACCGUGCAGCGUUGCUGGUGGCGUACUGGCUGCCUCCCUGCGACAUGGGCGUCGUUGCUUCCACAUGUGAAUGCAACUGCCCAGUAUGCAAGGGGCGCGGAUGCCGCUGACAUGAACGACCUCGUGGCUGCAAUUUCAAGGCUGGCACUUGGGCCGCGCGCCAUGAGGGCCCUGGAUUUUGUGACUGCUGACGAUGGCCAGCCCACGACCGACCUGAUAGAGACUGCGGCAUAGAGAUGCAGUGGCGGACAUGCUGGUAUGCUGAAAUUGCUGUGGCUGUGACGCUGUGGCUUGAAUGUUACUGAGAGGACAGAUGGAGUUUGUAACGAAUAUUAAGUCCAUCCCGGUGUGCAAUGUCUUGAGAGUUCAUGUGUGCUUGCUCGUUGUUUGUUUGCUUUGCUUUUCCAUGGUGGUGCCAUGUUUUGCCCCUCUGGUUUUGUUGCUCUUUGCCUCUUGCGUGCUGGCUCCUCCCUCUGCUGCUGUUGAUGUCGAGGGAAAAUUUGUUCAGUGAAUACUGAACCUCUGGUUUGAGUCUAUCUUGGUUUGUCUUCUGCGUUGUUUGUAGUCGAAAAUCCAGUAUUCG